AUGAGCCAUCAUCAUUCGGAAUCAACCAUUCGAUCUUACAAGAUAUUUAUGAGUAAUGGAUUUGCGUAUCAUGAUGAAAAAGAAUUUGAGAAUAAGUUUUCAUUCAAAGUUUUUGAUGGAAAAGGUCUUGAAAAUUUUGUGAGUCAAGUCAAUGAGUACAAACCAGAUGGUCUCUACUUUGUUGGAUGGAAAUCACAGUUCAAACUGUCGAAUGAUGGAUUUUUCGCAAAGCUUUCAAAAGAGGCAAAAGAUAACUUGAAAAUCAUUGCAAAUCAUGGCGUUGGAUACGAUAAUGUAGAUGUCCAAGCUGCUCUCACAACAAAGGAUAAGCCAAUAAUUGUCACUCAUACUCCUGACGUGGUAUCAGAUGCAACUGCAGAUACUGCUAUGAUUCUCAUGUUGAAUGCAUCUCGAAAAACAAGAGUUUUUGAAGAAAAUCUCAGACAAGUAAAGUGGAAAUCAGGUUAUGAAACACUCAUGGGCCAUGAUCUGAAAGGUAAAACAUUGGGUAUUAUUGGCAUGGGAAGCAUUGGAACUAAAACUGCUAUGAGAGCGCUUUCAUUUGGAAUGAGAAUUGUAUAUCAUCAAAGAAAUCAAAGAAAGGAUGUUGAAGAAAAACUGACGCGAGUUGGACAACACCUUUCAGAGAUGGGUGGAUACAACAAUCAACCGAUCGUUGAGUACUGUAAAAACAUGGAUGACCUUUUGAAAGAGAGUGAUAUCAUCUCAAUUCAUACGCCUCUCACCGAAUCUACUCGUCACCUUAUUUCCAAAAAACAAUUUGAAAUGAUGAAAAAGAGUUGUAUUAUUAUUAACACUGCAAGAGGAGCAGUGAUUCAUGAGAAAUAUCUUGUGGAAGCUCUAAAAUCAAACAAAAUUGCUGGAUGCGGAUUGGAUGUUUUUGAAUUUGAGCCCACAAUUACUCAGGAACUGUUAGAAUUGGCUUCCAUUAAUCCAUGUAUAUCCUUAUUGCCACAUAUUGGUACACAAACAGAGGAAACGAGAUUUGAUAUGGAGCAAUUAUGCAUUGAGAAUUUACAUCGGGUCCUUAUUGAAAGCAAAGAUCCUGUCACUCCUGUGCCUGAACAUAAGCAAUUAUUUGCUAGAACUGAAACUCAAAAGUAA